AUGGCUACAAUGUUCUGGGUUCUUACUUUACUAAGCCUCAGCUGCCUGCUAGGAUUCAACGCCCAAGCACCAGCAACUGCACCAUCAAAGUUGCCACCUACAACCCCAACAGCAACUCCAUCAAAGUUGCCACCUAUAAGCCCAACAGCAACACCACCUACUGUGGUGGCAUCUCCCCCCAUCUCAACCCAACCCCCUGCAAAUGUGGCACCUAAAUCUGCUCCGGUGACGUCACCAGCUCCAAAGGUUUCACCAGCAUCAAGUCCAAUAGUCCCUCCACACCAACCACCAAAAACUUCACCUGUCUCAACUCCCACGUUGCCACCACCAUUACCGCCAUCACCAAAUAUAUCACCAGCACCAGUUCAAACACCACCUGCCCCCACACCAGUAAAGGCAACACCAGCACCUGCACCCACAAAGCAAGCUCCGACUCCUACACCGAUUAAUUCACCACCAAUACCGGCGCCAACACCUGCAAUAAAUGCCCCUGCACCAGCACCAGAGUCCCCCAAGCACAAGAAAGGAAGGCACAGACACAAGCACAGAAGACAUCAUGCACCAGCGCCAGCACCAACAACUAUUCACAAGAGUCCCCCUGCACCACCAACUGAUAGUAAAGCAGAUGUCGACACAACACCGGCACCAGCACCUAGUCUUAAUUUGAAUGGUGCACCAUCACACUAUCAUCAAGGGAGAAAUAUAUGGGCAACAGCUGGAUUUGCUAUCACUGUUUUUCUAGCAGUAACUGUCUACAGCUGCUAG